UUAUUUUUGGCGGUUGUUUUAACUGUUGAUUAUCAAGCUUGGAUUGUAUCUAUGACACCGGCAUUUUACUGCAUUUAAACUUCCGGCUCGCUGUUUGUUUUAGUGUCGCGUUUCUUGUUAGGAUGCGCGAAAUCGUCAUAUACAGGCAGGUCAGUGCGGCAACCAAAUUGGCGCCAAGUUUUGGGAAGUAAUAUCAGACGAACACGGCAUGAUCCAACUGGGACGUACCAUGGGGACUCUGAUCUUCAGCUAGAACGCAUAAAUGUAUAUUACAAUGAAGCAACCGGUGGAAAGUAUGUGCCUCGUGCUGUUUUGGUCGACCUAGAACCUGGGACUAUGGAUAGUGUGCGUGCUGGUCCAUUUGGGCAGUUAUUCCGACCAGAUAACUUUGUUUUCGGACAAAGUGGGGCUGGAAAUAAUUGGGCAAAAGGCCAUUACACCGAAGGUGCUGAGUUAGUUGAUUCCGUCUUAGAUGUUGUUCGCAAAGAGGCGGAAUCUUGUGACUGUCUUCAAGGUUUUCAGCUCACUCACUCUCUUGGAGGAGGUACUGGUUCCGGAAUGGGGACACUGCUUAUUUCUAAAAUCCGUGAAGAGUAUCCAGACCGUAUUAUGAAUACCUUCUCAGUCGUUCCAUCACCUAAAGUAUCUGAUACGGUUGUGGAGCCGUACAACGCAACUCUUUCAGUCCACCAGCUUGUAGAAAACACUGACGAAACAUAUUGCAUUGAUAACGAAGCGCUGUAUGACAUAUGCUUCCGAACUUUAAAGCUCACCACUCCAACAUAUGGUGACCUAAAUCACUUGGUAAGUGCGACCAUGUCAGGUGUUACGACAUGUCUUCGAUUCCCCGGCCAGCUGAAUGCUGAUUUAAGGAAAUUAGCUGUAAACAUGGUACCAUUUCCACGUCUACACUUCUUCAUGCCUGGAUUCGCUCCUCUCACUAGCCGUGGUAGCCAGCAGUAUCGUUCCCUUACGGUACCUGAAUUAACUCAACAAAUGUUUGAUUCAAAGAAUAUGAUGGCCGCUUGCGAUCCACGCCAUGGACGAUAUCUAACAGUUGCCGCAAUGUUUAGAGGGCGCAUGUCAAUGAAAGAAGUUGAUGAGCAAAUGCUUAACGUUCAGAACAAAAAUUCGAGCUAUUUCGUCGAAUGGAUACCUAAUAAUGUCAAGACAGCUGUGUGUGACAUUCCACCAAGAGGUUUGAAAAUGUCCGUCACUUUCAUCGGGAACAGUACGGCUAUUCAGGAGUUAUUCAAGCGUGUUAGCGAGCAGUUCACUGCUAUGUUCCGACGCAAGGCUUUUCUGCAUUGGUAUACAGGUGAAGGUAUGGAUGAAAUGGAGUUCACAGAGGCAGAAUCAAAUAUGAAUGAUCUCGUCAGCGAGUAUCAACAGUAUCAAGAUGCAACAGCCGAAGAGGAAGGGGAUUUCGAGGAAGAAGAAAACGAGGAAGCAUGAAUUAACGAUUGUUGAAAAUAAGCCUAAUAAAUUUCAUGUUUCUAUGAGUUGUUUCUAGGUUUCAGCUGUUAGGCAUAGUGUUAUGCUCUGUAUAUUGGGUUGUGGUCUGAUCUGUUAAAAUCUCUGUAUUUGUCACUGAGAUCAAAAUACAGCAGCUUGUGCGAUGUUACAGUAAUCUUUUCCAAUUUAGAAUCUUGAUGGCAGAUUACGGGCUGUAAAUUGAUAAGAAAACUAAGCUGGUCACCGCUUACCUGACUCGCACUUUGCAUACAUAUGGCCGUAAUAUGUGACACUGAAAUCAGUUUUGUUGCUUUGUUCAAACAUGAAUAGGUGCUUUAAGUGGAUCAGUUGUGACGUAGGACCUGAAGUUGUUAUACCUCGUUAGAAGUGUGGUGUAGUUGUUACGGCAAAUCCUAGAAUAGUAUAGGUAGUAGCAAUAACAAAAAGAAUUAGACAUAGAGUUUACGACUUGGGGAAAUAUGAGUUUGUGAUGUAUGAAAUAAGUUGUGGAAGGUAGAGGGGUCUUAGAUUUGUAGGAAAACAAUGAACUAGCGCCUCAGACAAACAUUAUCGGCCGUGUUACUCAAACUUUUCGACUACUUGUUAUGCUAACCACGUGAACCUUUACCAGGUAGUCCAAAAACCUGGUUGUUAGUACUCGUCUGCGUCUUGAUCUAUCCGCCUUGCGUACGAAUUACCGGGUGAGCUAAGACGAGGGAGUCCGGACUUCUACAUGGGAGGCUUCACCAUGUAGUGUGGCGCGACGUUUUGUUAGCUUGGCUAUGCAGAGUCUUAUUUGAUAUCAAUGACAGGUUGGUUAGGAAUAUAAUUUGUGGGUGUGUGAUUAUUAUUAAUGGCUCUAUCUCAGUGCGAGGACAUAUGUCGCAAUCAAUAUGAGAUUUCCAGGAGUAUGUUAGCUAACAAAUCGUCUGUGGUAUGUCCGGUAUGAGUUGCAGCGUACUGUGUUAUGCUGUCUGUUGACAUUCGGCUUUGUGGGGCCUAAUGAACUGAGGUUGACGAGUAUCACGUUUAUUACUUGCGCUACUUCAAUUAGUGUGCCCUAGCAGAAGUUCAAAAAGCUAUAGUUAAUCUGAAACGA